AUGAAAUCAAACUGCAAAAAAAGAGAGAAGGCAGAUCCACGGAUAGAUAUACUUAACACCAUAGUUUUCACAAUGACUCAGGAUCCCACAUUAGAAGAAAAAGUAGAGUAUAUUUCUAUUAACGAUAGCACUCCGGAAGAACAAGGCCCUGUAGUGCCUCAUGAACGCCAAAUUGUUGACCAAGUUAUAACGAUAUGGAAGGAAGAUCCAGCAACUGAGAACCUUGGAGUUCCUAAACUACAUGCUAUAGUCAAACAAAAACAUCCAAAUUGGACAGUUUCUGAAAAAAGGGUAAAACAAUUGUUGAAGAAAUUUGGCCUCCUAACUAAUCAAGAACAAUACACCUAUGCCAAAGAUAUUAAAUCUGAAUUGACACCUGAUAUUGAACUCCCGCCCAAGGUUCAAGUUGUCAUGACUUCAAAAAGGGGAAAGUGCUUGUAUGCAAAGAAACCAAUAAAUAAAGGUGAGUUGAUAUGGAGCGAAACUCCAUUGUUUUUUGUCCCACCAUUGGCCAAUGUGCAUCUAGUUGAACAUGGAUCAGCUUGUGCCAAUUGUGGUAUACUUUUACAACAAACUGAGAUGAAGACCGUGCUAAAAGGAUUGGAUUGUGACGUUUGUUCUGAGGUUUGGUGUUCGAAAAAGUGUAAGCAAAUGGAUGCACAAUUACAUGGUGCAACGAAACAUAAUGUAUUCAACCCCAAUUCGAAAAAGCCAAAAAUUAUAGAUUCAAAUGCAUUUUUGGAGUUGCAAGAAUACUGCUUGAAGGAAUCAUGGAAUGCAUUGUAUGCAAUAACGUUAAUUUGUGCUAAUAUGUUGUUGGAUAAGCUGGGUACCAAACAAAAGCAAUUCAAUGCUAUGGCAAGAGUAUCUCAAGAUGUAAGAUACAAAGCCUUGGAUUCUGGCGGUGGAACAUUUGACAACAUGAAUGGGGGUGCACUUUUUGUUCAAGAGCAGCAAGAAACUUUAUGGAAAGAGGGAUAUGAAAGGUUUCUCCGAGUAUUUCCAAAGAAUUUUGUCUCAUAUAAGGACUUCUUGUACAUGAUGGGUACUUAUAAUAUUAAUAACCUUGAUUCUAGUGUGUUCCUAACCCAAUCCCAUUUAAAUCACAAUUGUGAUCCAAACACUACAGUUGAUACAGCACUGGACCGCAUAUCGGGAUUGAAGGUGUUUGCCAAGAGGGAUAUCAAAGAAGGUGAAGAAUUGACAACAACAUAUGUAAAUCCAAGCCAUACUUUAAAUCAAAGACAACGAGAAUUGAGAGUUAAUUGGGGGUUCAUUUGUGCUUGUGAAAAGUGCAAAAGUGACGCAAGGACCACAGAAAGAAGGAAGUCGUCAUCUUCGUCUAAGAAACAAGAUGCCAAGAAUAUUAGAAAUAUGUUGAAAGAGACUAAGGAACAAGUUGGCGAUGGUGGAAUUGAAUUAGAGAUUCCUCAUGAAGUUAAUGGAGAGCGUAGAAAAUCUGUUAGAUUUGAUGAGACUGUUGUUGCUGUUAACAAUUGA